UGUUAUUUAUUAUUUAUUUUAACUAACCUAUAAUUUUAUUUCUAUGUUAUGUUAUCGUUAGUUUUUUAAGAUAUUGUUGAGACUUAUUAUGUCAUUGUUAAUUAUUUAAAAUUUGAUGUUAAGACUUGUUAUAUGUAUUUAAUUUUUUUAAUUUACAAAACCGCAAAUCCAAUCCAAUCCAAACCGCUUGAAAUUGGAUCGGAUUUUUUUUAAAACAUCAUCCAAUCCAAACCGCACCGCAAGUAAAAUUAGUGUUCGGAUCGGAUGAGUUUUUGACUCAAAACCGAUCCAAACCGCACCGCGAACACCCCUACCUGCCACCGUCCACUCCGACCUUCGUCGACGCACGUCCCUUAACACGCACCCUUUAGCAGCCCAAACCAUGCGAACCCUAACCCCCUUUCCCUGAGCCUCCCUCUACUCUUCUGCUGCUGCCUCUGACGCCGACGACUUGCUCUCUGCUUCCUCUUUUCCGCCAUUUCUGCUCGCCAGCUCCUCCUGCGUUGUGCGUGGUUCGAAUCUGUUGCUGCAGCAGCACGAGCGUCCUGCCUCCAUCACCCGUCAGCGCCGUCGCUGCCACCAUUAAUAGCAGGGACCAAAAGCAACAAUGAGUGUGAUUCAGAAGUUUUUCAUUGCUUCAAUGUUCAUGUGUGCUGUCCCUGUUGCAAUUCUAUAUGGUUUUAACAAUAAUCUGUUUCCUGGAACAGACAAUUUGUCCCCUUACUCUGUGACACUAGUGAGUGGAUUUCUUGCGGUUAUAUCAGUUAAUGUAGUCAUAGCAUUUUACAUAUACUUGGCGAUGAGAGAACCUGCCGAAAAACACAAGCCAGAUCCCAAAUUUCUUGCUGAGGCCAAGGCUAGUAUGAAGCAGCCUACAACCAAUGCUCCGCAAUCUUCUGACUCUCAGAAGAAAGAACAAUAGGCUGUGGGUUUAGGCAGUUAGCCCUCUUUGUUGUACUGUUCUUCUUAGGAAGGAUAGGGGAGAAGGGGAUGAAGGGUGAAGGUCUUGAAUUGUCCAUUCUUGAUCGUAUCUUAGUUAUGAAGUUUGCAUAUGAUCCAUGUUGUGCACAAUCUCUGUUGACAGUAUUUUAUGUAUCUACUAAUCAAUUUGUCGCUCCGUUGCAUAGGAUAUUGACAAUUGUGAUUUCUUGGUUAUAACAAUUUUUAUAAUUU